ACCACUAUUGAAACUUAUUUGUCCAACAACAGUUGUCGCCCCAUUACUAACCUUUUAAUGUUCUCUUCUCUUCAGUGUUCUAUAAUAGCGAAGCUGUUGUCUUCUUGUCAUUCCUGAGCUGUUUUUCUUUUUUUUUUUUACUUUGUAAUAUUUUCACCUGCAGAAACAAUUCUUCAUUUAUUAAGUUGAAUCAAGAUGGGUGAGAAUACACCACUAUAUUUUAAGGAGAAUAUCAGCAAAUACCAAAUCCCUCUGGAUCAUAUAGACUUUGGUUACAUCAAGAAAUGCAAGGAUGUUAAAGAGUUAGAAAAAAUCUACAAACUUCUACGGUAUACUUUUAAGUUACCUCUUUUUCUCUUCUUGUUUUCUUUAAUUUCUUUUUUUUUUUUUAAUUCUAACUACAGUCGUGCUCUAAGGAGAGAAGAACCCUUGAAAAAAAUUACUGAUCUAAGCCAAGAAGAAAACAUAGCUUUACAAGCUGAGAUGGAGAAUUGGUCCAGCAACAUGUGUAAACUGGAUGGAUCUUUGAAGAAAAAAAAUUCCAAAAAGGCUGUAGAUGAUAUACCACCUGUCAGAAAUGCAGAAGGAAAGAAAGGGAAGCCCGAAAAAGAAAAGAAGAAAGGUUCAUCAAAAAAGACUUCUCCAAAACCUCGUGAUAUCAAAGAGUGGGACAAGUUUGAUGUUGAAGGAGAACUAAAAAGGAUAGAUGAGGAUGUACAAGAAAAGCCAGCUAAGAAAGUUAACAGUGAAAUUUCUAAACUAUCUGAAAAUGUGGACAUAGGCAAUGAUUGUCUUGAAGAGACAAAAACUACUCAUGCUUUGAGGGAAAAGGACAAAGGCAACGAGGCCUUUCGUAGUGGUGACUACAAUGAAGCUGUGAUUUAUUAUAACCGAAGCCUCUCUAUUCAACCUUUGGAUGUUGUAUACAACAACCGUGCCCUUGCAUAUUUGAAACUGUCCCUCUGGAGCGAAGCUAUUGCUGAUUGUGAUCGUGUCCUAAUAAAUGAUAGCAACAAUGUUAAAGCACUCCUCAGACGAGCCUCAGCUUAUAAAGAAAAUAAGGAAUAUAACAAAUCUCUCUGUGAUCUAAAGACUGUUCUCAAGUUGGAGCCUGAAAAUCAAAGAGCAAAGCAAAUCUUGAGUGUGGUAGAAAAGAAUUGUGAAGCUUCUCUGAAAGAGAAAGAAACCCCUACCCCCAGCAAGAAAAAAGGAAGGAAAUUAGUGAUUGAGGAAAUUGAAGGAAAUGAAGAAGUGGUGUCCCCAGAUAUUAAUAGAAACUUCUUGACAAAUAACUUUCAAAAUGGCAAAGAUGCUAAAGAAGAAAGCUCUGAAAAAUGCGAGAAAGUGCAAGAAAGCUCUAAAAAGAAUACUGAUGGUGGCAAGCAAGGUUUGGCAAAAUGCAAUGGGAAAGAGUCAAAGCAAAGAAAAAAUCUCAAGAAUAAGCUUGAUUCCAAAGUGAGUGCUGAAGAUGGUAAACAGACAUCUGGGAAUGAUGUGAGCAAUAAUUGUUUGAAAGAGGCUGAUAAGAAUGUAACAGAUGUGAGAGCAUCUGGUGAUGGUGUUGCUAAUAACUUGGUCAGUGACCAAAAUACUUCCAAUGAACUAAAAGACAGUUCUUCCCAACACUGUGAUAGUCAUACAGAACAGGAUGUAGAUGCAAAACCCACAAGCUUGAACGAACAAAGUCCCAAAGUUUACAUGCAUCGGCCAUUGAAUCCCAAAAUCUUGUCUAUGAAAAACUCUGGUAAUGAUUUGUUUCUGAGAGGUCGCUAUUCUGAGGCUCUGGAUUUUUAUACCAAAGCUAUAGAUCUUCUAGAACAAGAACCCAUUGAUCAGACAGUUAAUCUGUCCCUGAUCUACAGUAAUCGAGCUGCUUGUUCCUUGAAGAUGGGUCAAUGUCGCAACAGUAUUUCAGAUUGCACCACAUCUUUGCAACUGGUUCCAUUCUGUGUGAAGCCCUUACUACGUCGAGCCGCUGCUUAUGAAACUCUUGAAAAAUAUGAUAUGGCUUAUGUUGAUUAUAGACAUGUGUUAGCAAUCAAUAACUCAGUGGAAAGCGCCCUGCAAGGUUCAUCAAGAUGCUCCCAAAUCUUGAUUCAGCAACACGGUUACUCAUGGCGGAAUAAAUUACCUGACAUAUAUCCAAUUAAGCCCUCAGACAUUCCAGUUAUCAGACAACUUUCAGAUUCAGAUGGCAUGGAGUCUUCAAAACCAUCUGCUGCCUCUGUAAAAGCAGGUGGCAACAAGAAAGGAGCUGAGAAACAGAACAAGAAUGAAACUGGGAAAUCCAACAAAACACAGACCCCUAAUGUCGAGAAAGCAACUGUAACUCCUGUGAACACUCCCAAAACAUUGUCCAAAGAAGAGGAGUUUGAGCAGCUUAAAGCACAAGGAAACCAAUUUGUGAAAGAAGUAAGUGGGAAUAUUUUAUUUUAUAUUUUCUCUUCUAUAAGGAAUGUUAUCACUAUGUUUAUUUUGCAGGCUUCUGAAGCUGUAGUUGACUGUGAUGAAAGUCUCCAUUUGGAGUCCAGCAACAUCAAAACUUUGUUCCGACGUGCACAGGCGAAUAAGCUAUUAAAAAAUUACCGGGCCAGUAUUAGUGACUUGAAGAAUCUUCUUAACCUGGAUCCAGAGAACAGCACAGCUAAAAAGGAAUUAGAAAUCGGAAAGAACCUUUGGAGACAGGAGCUAAAUGCCAUGAAAGCCAAUAUGGAUGAUAACAAAACCACCAAAAACUGCAACAAAUGUAGCCAAGAAUCACGGCCAACAACCAGUCCUGGCAGCAAUAGCAAGAAGAAUUCUAAACAAAGAACUAGACUCCAUGUUCAUGAUGUCGAAGAUGAUAGCUCACAGAAGUCUUCCUCAAAGUUACAUGGCAAACAUCACAAAAACUCCAAAAAGUCUGAGGGCAAAGUUCCAGAAGGUUCACAGUCUGCUGGCACCAACAGUUCCAGUAAAAAAAACAGAUCAAACUCUGAAGUUGCUGGUCCCACUCCAGUGUCUGCCCCACAUAUAGACAAAGCUACUCCUUAUGAGUUCCUGAAAGCUUGGAAUUCCUUAAAAACAUUAAAUAAUACAAAACCAUAUGCAGAUCUUCUGGCACAGGUAUCCCCCAAAGAUUUACCAAUGGUAAUUAGCAACAAAUUAGAUGCUUCCAUGUUAAACUUGAUAAUCCAGUGUGUGUCCGAACAUUAUACUGAUAAAGAUUCUGCUGAAGUUGGUCUUGAAUAUUUGAUAAACCUAACAAAAGUGGCACGGUUCCAAACAAUUGCUAUGUUUCUCUCUUCCAAGGAAAAAUCUGAUCUAUUGUCCCUGAUCAAUACUCGAGCACUAGAUGAAUUGGUUCUAUUCAGUAUAUUCGUGGUCAUGGUUAUCCCAUUAUUAUUACUAUUUCUGGGUGUGUUAGUGUUAUUGCUUGAAUUGUCGCCGGUGCGAUUCUGCCUCCCUAUCCAUCCGAUUGAAAGUGCAUUAGAGAACAUGUACAUCUUCCAAAAGGAAGAUGCACGUGUUAAAAUGCAGGAGCACCAACAAUAUUAUAUCCGUUAUCAUCUUUGA